CCAACAACAGCAGCCAAUCAACAGCGUGAACAUCCCAACACUUUAGCCCCGCCUGCAGGACUCAGAGCAGUGGACUCACUCUCCAGCCUGUGUGUGUGUCUGUCUGUCUGUCUGUCUGUCUGCUCAGCAGUAGGUUAGCAGCACCUCUUUAUCUCUGCCAACACUUCAUCACUGACUACCGUUCACCAUCCAUCAUGAGGGAAAUCGUGCACAUCCAGGCGGGCCAGUGUGGGAACCAGAUUGGUGCAAAGUUCUGGGAGGUGAUCAGCGAUGAGCACGGCAUCGACCCAACGGGAACCUACCACGGAGACAGCGACUUGCAGCUGGACAGGAUCAGUGUGUAUUACAACGAGGCCACUGGUGGGAAGUAUGUGCCCAGAGCCAUCCUAGUAGACCUGGAACCGGGCACCAUGGACUCAGUCCGCUCUGGACCUUUUGGACAAAUCUUCAGACCUGACAACUUCGUCUUUGGUCAAAGUGGAGCAGGAAACAACUGGGCCAAAGGUCACUACACGGAGGGGGCAGAGCUGGUGGACUCAGUCCUGGAUGUGGUGAGAAAAGAGGCCGAGAGCUGCGAGUGUCUGCAGGGUUUCCAGCUCACGCACUCUCUGGGAGGAGGCACCGGCUCCGGCAUGGGCACCCUGCUCAUCAGCAAGAUCCGGGAGGAGUACCCUGACCGCAUCAUGAAUACCUUCAGCGUGGUGCCCUCUCCUAAGGUAUCGGACACCGUGGUUGAGCCGUACAACGCCACGCUGUCAGUCCACCAGCUGGUAGAAAACACAGACGAGACCUACUGCAUCGACAACGAAGCCCUUUAUGACAUUUGCUUCCGCACUCUCAAACUCACCACGCCCACCUACGGCGACCUCAACCACCUGGUUUCAGCCACCAUGAGCGGCGUGACCACCUGCCUGCGUUUCCCCGGCCAACUGAACGCCGAUCUGAGGAAACUGGCCGUCAACAUGGUGCCCUUUCCCCGCCUCCACUUCUUCAUGCCGGGCUUUGCCCCUCUGACCAGCAGGGGGAGCCAGCAGUACCGCGCCCUGACGGUGCCCGAGCUCACCCAGCAGGUGUUUGACGCCAAAAACAUGAUGGCCGCUUGCGACCCUCGCCACGGACGCUACCUGACGGUGGCCGCCGUGUUCCGCGGCCGCAUGUCCAUGAAGGAAGUGGACGAGCAGAUGCUGCACGUUCAAAACAAGAACAGCAGCUACUUCGUGGAGUGGAUCCCCAACAACGUCAAAACGGCCGUCUGCGACAUCCCGCCACGUGGCCUCAAGAUGGCCGUCACCUUCAUCGGCAACAGCACGGCCAUCCAGGAGCUGUUCAAACGCAUCUCUGAGCAGUUCACCGCCAUGUUCCGCCGCAAGGCCUUCCUCCACUGGUACACCGGCGAGGGCAUGGACGAGAUGGAGUUCACCGAGGCGGAGAGCAACAUGAACGACCUGGUCUCCGAGUACCAGCAGUACCAGGAUGCCACGGCUGAGGAGGAGGGAGAGUUUGAGCAAGACGUGGAAGAGGAUGCCUAAAGAAGUAACAAAGAAAUGAUGUAACAUGAGCUGAAGAAAGAGAUGAAGGUAGUAACCAAAAAGAAAAAAAUCCAGAAAAAUGGUUAGAGGAGCGUCGGGGUCUGAAUCAGUUAACGGAGGGAUGGAAACUAUGUGAAGCAAAAAGAUUAAAAGAUGAAUGUCGGCAGAGAAGUGAAAGAGAAGCAGGAUAAAAAAGACCAUGGUGCCGUGGUUUACACUUUAUUCUGACGCCAUGUUGGCCAGUUUUUACCAAGACUAGCCUCACAAAAAAAAUAUUUCUUUUUACACUAAGAUCUUGUCUUGCAACAAAUACACAGAUCAGAAGCACUUCUUAACUUCACUUUCAUCAAAUCUGACUGUUUUCUGUAAAAACAGAAACUAAAACUAAAACUCCUCUGAAAAAAUCAUGGCAGCUUUAUAUUGUAAAAUGAAUUCCACCUUGGAACAAAUGUGUUCAAUUACUGAUUUGAAAUGCAAUAUUACACUUAAAAUCAUUCACAAACAAGCUUGUACAUUUUGCCAAGUAUUAUUGACAUGACAUCUUGCAUGAGAAACAGUUGCAGUUAUAAAAAUCCAAAUUUGGAUUUUUUUUUUUAUACAGGGUUAAAGUAUUUAAACAAGGAUGAAGUCAAAGAUUGUCAAGAAUCUCUUUAACUGUGGCUUUCCACCAAGAAGUUCCUGGUAAUUUUAGUCCUGGAACUACUUUUCAAGGAACUAAAAGGUUCCUUCAGUCCAUAAAUGUCUGUGUUUCAACCGCGGCCUGAAGACCUGCGAAUAUUAGGCAAAUUACGUAUGAAAAUGGUCGCAGCGGUAAACAAACUCUGCAGUUGCCCCUUCAUCUAAAAAUGUGGUUUUGUCUCACUGCGACGACAUUAACUGCUGCUUAUUACACGGCUUUGUGGAAUACUUGAUUCUGAUUGGUCAAUCACGACGUUCUACAGCGGCGCUGUGUGUGUUUCACCAUCAGCGAUGGUCAUCUUUGCAAACCCCACCUUGAAAGUUGUCCCCGGAAAAGGUUCCCGGUACUUAAUUUAGACCCUCGUUCCUGAAACGCGAUGAGUUCCUCAAAAGGUUCUUAUAGUUCCGGGGGGAGGUUCCUGCGGUUGAAAAGGAGCUUCAGAAAUGUGAAAUCAUGCCAUUACCAGUGUUUAAUGUUUUUAUUAAUGUUCAUUACUGAUCAGUAUUUAUCAAUUCUAAAGAUCCACUCUCAGAUUAAUGUGAAUUUUGGCAGUAGGUGGGGCUGUCAGUUUUUCUUUUCCUCACUGAGGCCUGUCCUCUGUGUAAAUUGAUCAGAAAUGCAUUUUGACUGUGUUUGUCACAUGUUAAAGGCUGUGGGGGAGAUAACAGAGAAAACUGUGUGGUGGGAUUCAGUCUUCAGGGUUUUAUAAGUCAACAUCUAAGUAAAAGAUCUCUCUCCACACCUGUUAAACAGAGUUCUUUCUCUCACAACGUAGUAACAUGAACUUUUAUGGAAGAGAGAAGAAGAAGAAGCUGAAGGCACCCGUCAGUUACAACUUAACAAAGUCACAUAACCAGGUCAUUGUUUUAGUGCCAUAGCAGGUAUAAUAAAGACGGACAUGUUUUAAUAAGGUUUUUUUUGUUGUAAGUUGUCAAUCAGAACAAAGCUGUGUUUCACUGAACUCCUGGCAAACAAAUUUACUUUACUAAGAUCCGUGUUCACAGUUUUAAUGCAGCAGCAGCAGGAUUAUUCUCAGACGCCAGCCAACGUCAUGAGGAGGAUCACACGCUGAACCCAGGUCAGAAGAUGGAAAGCAUAUUAAACUUUGCCUGAUCUGUUUUCCAUGGGUAUAUUUGACAUCACACCAAGUUAUUUUAAUGAUUAAGGCUUCUUGAAACACAUUUCAAAAAUACAAUGCCGGGUGCUUUUGUUGUUCUCUUUUUUGAAAAGGGGGAAAAACACCAAUUUGCUCUUGUAUAUUUCAUCCUAUAAAGUCCUGUGAAGAAGUGCACGAGUUCACAUUGUGAUAAAUGUUUACACUGAGCCACUACAGUUUGUAUUCAAACCAAACACAAGUCAUUUGUGUUCAGUAUUUAUAUCGGUGUGUGUGCUGUAUUGUUUGUUAGUACCUUUUUGAAUUCCUGUUUGACGUGGGAUCCCAGAAACUGUGAAAUGUUUGCGUGAAAUAAAAAGGCAUUUGUAAGAGGAAAAAAAA